AUGGUUGCUUUAUCCGCGGUUCAAUCAUCCAAUGCCAUCCUUUCCAAAACCCUUCCACUGGGUCUAGUGGGCGUGUUCGUCGGCGCAACCAGCGGAAUCGGGAAAGCAGCAGUCCUGAAACUUGCACAAUAUACCCGACAACCACGACUAUACUUCAUCGGACGCUCACAACGCGCCGCGGAUGAAAUUCUACCCCAGUUGAAACAAAUCAAUCCAGAUGGUCAAUACGAAUUCAUCAAAGCCGACGCAAGUCUACUCAGCGUCGUAGACGAGGUUUGCGAGUCAAUACAAGCAAAGGAGACGAAGGUUGAUGUCCUCUUUCAGAGUCAGGGUACUCUGGACAUUAGUACAGAAACAUCUGAAAAACUACCACUUGUCAUGGCACUAAGCUACUACUCCCGAAUGCGGUUCAUCACCAACUUACUCCCCCUCCUCCAACGCUCCUCACUCAGCCGAGUAGUCAUCGUGCUAGCUGGCACAAAAGAAGGACCUAUCAAUCCCAACGACAUUCCAGGCAGAAGAGUCCUUCCCUGGAAAGCUCGAGGCCAUCUCUGCUCAAUGAUCACCCUUACACUUGAAUAUUUUGCUAAACGAGCGCCCGGGGGAAAGGGGAAUACCUUGUCAGAUGGGGCGGAGGUUGCUGUUGGUAGUGAUGGGGUUGUGGGAAGUGGUGUUUAUAUUGUGGAUGAGGUGUGUGAAAGUGGUGGUCAAGAAGUACAAAAGGUUUUGGAUGGGCUCAGAAACGACGGAACGCAGAAGAUAUGGGAGCAUUUGCAGAGUGAAUUCUCUAGGGUGACUGGAAAGGCGGGGAUUCAGUGA